UUUCAUUUUUUAUUGCAUCGCGUCUCUGGUUGUGGAUAGAGUAGACGACAUUGCUCCACAAACAUCUCACUGAUCCAAAACUAUGGCUUCCAUCUUCGCAUUCUCACUCUCCACUCACACUUCUCCUUGUUCUCUCUCGAACUACCCUUCCUCUGCCCUCGCUCCACUCAAUUCACAAUCCCUUUGCGUUAAAUUCCAGACCCAAUUGAAGAACUCCGCCAUUUCCUGCAAUUCAUCAGUUUGCAAGCACCCAAAUUCAAGGCGCGCAAUAGUACGGGCCGUGGCGGAGGAAGAAGGGACCCUUAUCCCGGAAGAGGAAGCCUCGCCGCCGGCUGCUGACGCCACCGCCGACCAGACCGUGUCUGUUGCAGUGUCGCCUUCCGACGUGCUCACCAUGCUAUUUCAGGCAGAAGGAACGAUGAGCGACGCAGCUGUUCCUACGGUUACUAAGGCUUUGCAGGGAGUAGAAGGCGUUACAGAUCUCAAAGUUCAAGUACUUGAGGGCAUAGCAAGUGUACAGCUAACAAAGCAAACAACCGUGCAAGCUACCGGGGUCGCCUCAAACUUGGUCGAGAUCAUUCAGGGUUCAGGCUUCAAGCUGCAAGCAUUGAAUUUGAGCUUUCAGGACGAAGAAGAUUUGAGCUAGACCGUGUACACUUCGACCUCAUUGCCACGAGGAGUGUACGGGUUUUCUGUUCUUGCCCAAAUUUUGAGCACCACUCACUUGUAAUUCUGAGGCACCUCUGUUGAUUAAUUAUUUGUAUAAUUUGUUAUGACACUUACAUGAGCUUAUGAGAAUCACAAUUUCAUUA